AAAAACCUAUACAUAUAGAGAGAGAGAAAACACAAAAUAUAGAGAGAGAAAGAGGGAGAGAGAGAGUGUGUGUAGCAUAAAUCGUGUGUUUAUAUGUGAAAGACUGUUGAGAUAAUGGGAAGUAACUUUCUCACUCCACCAGCAAAACGCCCGAACUCCACACUCUACGCCGCCUCCACCACCACCACCAUGCCCGACCCGAACCCGAAUUCGGCAAACGGAUCCUCGAAGCGGCACAAGCACCCGCCGCUGUCCGUUCCGCCUGGUCACGUGGCGUUCCGGCUGCUCUGCCACGCGUCGCGAAUCGGCGGGGUGAUUGGGAAGUCCGGCAACGUCAUCAAGACCCUGCAGCAGGGCACGGGCGCCAAGAUCCGAAUCGAGGAUGCUCCGAACGAGUCGCCGGAUCGGGUCAUACUGGUCGUGGCGAAUUCGAACCUGAGCAGCAAGUUGAGUUUGAAGAAGAGCGAGAGCGAAGUUGAGGAAGACGAGGAGGAGGAGGAGGAGGAGGAAGAAGCAUUUGGGAGGAGUGGCGAGGAGGUGGUGGAGGUGUCGAAGGCGCAAGAGGCGUUGGUGAAGGUGUUCGAGAGGAUUCUGGAGGUUGCGGCGGAGAGUGACGGCGUCGGGGCCGGGGUUGGGGUCGUGUCGUGCCGGCUUUUGGCGGAGGCGGCUCAGGUUGGGUCUGUGAUUGGGAAGGGAGGGAAGGUUGUGGAGAAGAUUAGGAAAGAGAGUGGCACUAAAAUUAGGGUUUUGUCCGACAAGUUGCCGGCUUGCGCCGCCCCUUCCGACGAGAUGAUUGAGAUAGAAGGGGAUAUUUUGGCUGUAAAGAAAGCACUUGUUGCCGUUUCCCGCCGUUUGCAAGACUGUCAUCCAGUUGACAAGACAAGGAUGGCUGGAAGCAAACCUCUGGAAGCAGUUGCCCGUGAGACUUUGCCUGAACUGCGUGUAGAUCAUAUUCUUCAAAGGAACUCAGGGCUACCCACUAUGCCAAGUAGCUCAAUCAGUUAUGCUUCAGGAAUUCAUCCAUUGUCAGUAGAAAUUGACAGGGUUCCUGCUCUGGAAACAAACAACUUAUUUCAGGAUGUUACUUUUAAGAUUCUUUGUUCCAAUGAUAGGGUUGGAGGUGUAAUUGGAAAAGGGGGUUCCAUUGUUAGGGCUCUUCAAAAUGAGACAGGUGCUAGUAUAAGUGUUGGAGCUUCUAUAGCUGAGUGUGAUGAACGACUGAUUACCGUUACUGCAUCCGAGAACCCUGAUUCACGAUAUUCACCAGCGCAGAAGGCAAUUGUUCUUGUUUUCUCUAGAUCUAUAGAGGCAGGCAUUGAGAAGGGGAUAGAUUCAGGCUCAAAUAAGGGGUCAGCUGUAAAUGCAAGGAUUGUAGUCCCACAUAACCAAGUUGGUUGUUUGUUGGGAAAAGGGGGUGCAAUAGUUUCAGAGAUGCGCAAGGUUACAGGUACUGGCAUACGAAUAAUUGGAGGUGAACAGGUCCCAAAGUGUGUGUCAGAGAAUGAUCAAGUGGUGCAGAUUUCAGGAGAGCUUUCAAAUGUGCAAGAUGCAUUGUAUAAUGUAACUGGUAGACUGCGAGAUAACCUUUUCUCAAGCACACAGAACAAUGUUGGAGCACGGGGCGGUUCCUCUAUAUUAACUGAUACCAGCCCCUAUGGAAGAAUAAGAGAUCCUGUCUCUCUUGGAAAUCAUCCAUCAGUUGGUGUCUCUCAUAGUCUCAGCCGACAUACUAUUACUCAAAGUACAGAUCCUUUAGUUGGUGUUUCACAUGGUCUCGGUCGACAUACUCCUUUAACUCAAAGUAUGGAUCAUCUUGGAAUUUCCCAUGGUUUAGAUCGUCCUCCUUCACCAAGGUUAUGGGCAUCACAAUCAGCAGGUGGAGUAAAUUUAAGAAGCAACCCUGAUGUUGGCAGAGGAUUGACUUCACUUAAAGGUGGCUUGGAGCUAGGCGGUGGAAGCAAAUCUGCUAUAGUGACAAAUACAACCGUGGAGAUCAUGGUUCCUGAGGAUGUAAUUGGUUCCAUAUAUGGCGAGAAUGGUAGUAAUCUGAAUCGUUUGAGACAGAUAUCGGGUGCCAAGGUCAUAGUGCAUGAAACUCUUUCUGGAACAAGUGACAGGAUUGUCGUCAUAUCUGGGACACCCGAUGAAACCCAGGCAGCUCAAAGUCUCCUCCAUGCAUUCAUUCUCACAGGAUCAUCAUAACAAAUAAUCCUCAGUUCAUAGUGUUUCUCGGAGUACACAACUCCAGUUUGUUGCUUGUAUUAGUUGUUUUUUUUUUCUUUCUUUUUUGUCAAAAUGUGUACAUUAAAUUAGGAAGAUUCAUCCCUUCUAUUUAUGCCAAUCAUGUCAUUUUGGCUCUAAUUGUUGGCUGGUGUAUUUUAUAGUGAGUAAUUAUUCCCCUUUGCUGAUCCAUAUUUUAAGAACAGAUAAAGACAAAAUGUUUGAGCCACAUUUCUAUUUUUCAAA